UGAGGCAGCGCGAAUCCCGGCUAGCGCCUGCUCGUCCCUGGUGGUCCGCCCCGGCCGAGUCCCGCGUGGCGAUGGCAGACGACCUUGGAGACGAGUGGUGGGAGAACCAGCCGGCAGGAGCAGCCAGCAGCCCAGGCCUGUCGAUUGCCUAGACCUCAGAUGCCAAUGCAGAAUUCCCCAGCUCACUGCUCUCGCCUAGAAAUCCAGAACAGUCAGCCCUUGCCACUGCUUUUCCUGGGGACCAAACAAAGCUGUUACAAGUACUUGACGUACUGGUGGCGUGCUCUAGAGCUCUCCUUAACGUAGAGCAUCAGAUGAUGAAGGAGGAGGAGACACAGAAAUGGCGCAGCAGGACACAGCUCCAGGUCUUGCCCUGUCCAAGAAAAGCAAACCGCCUAAAGAAUGUUUCUUGAUACAACCGAAGGAAACAAAUGAAGAUGCCGCCAAGACCAGGAAGAGGAAAAAGAAGAAAAUUACUGAUAUUCUUGCAAAAUCAGAGCCAAAACCAGGGACACCUGAAGACCUACAGCAGCUGAUGAAGGACUAUUAUAGCACCAGUCGCUCCGUGAUUGAAUUAGAAGAACUAACCCUCCCAGACUCCUGCUUCCUCAAGGCCAAUGAUUUAACUCACAGUCUUUCAUCAUAUCUAAAAGAAGUCUGCCCCAAAUGGGUGAAACUUCGGAAAAACCACAAUGAGAAGAAAUCAGUCCUAAUGCUGAUUAUCUGUGGCUCUGCCGUCCGAGCUCUGGAGCUCAUUAGGUCAAUGACCGCAUUCAAAGGAGACAGCAAAGUUAUGAAAUUAUUUGCCAAACACAUAAAGGUCCAGGAGCAGGUAAAAUUGCUGGAGAAGCGUGUAGUACACCUGGGUGUAGGAACCCCAGGGAGGAUUAAAGAACUCAUCAAACAAGGUGGCCUUCAUUUGAACCCCUUAAAGUUUCUGAUUUUUGACUGGAACUGGAGAGAUCAGAAGUUGAGAAGGAUGAUGGACAUUCCCGAGAUAAGAAAGGAGGUUUUUGAACUUCUGGAAAUGGGAAUCCUCAGUCUGUGCAAGACAGAAUCUUUGAAGCUGGGCCUUUUCUGAAUCUGGAUCCUAAUGAAAAGUCCUGUUUUCCUGGUGGGAUUUAUAUGGCUCUGGCCCAUUGUAAGCACUUGAUAAAUACCAGCUAUUGUUUAUUAAGUUGACUGUAUCACCAGAUGGCUCACUAGGAAUCUUAGGUGGGGAUUCUUUUACAAAAUGAAUGUGUCCUUUGCCAAAUCCCUUGUGUAAUAAAGCAUCACUGGCUUGUGUGUGA